AUGGCAUGUCAGAAGCCUCGUUUAGGCUGCGUCAAGCAUAGUGAUGUGGUGGGCCAGGGCUCAGGCCCGCAGGCCCACAUGGCCCAGCCCUACAGAAGCCCAGCCCAGCCCAGCCCUAUGAGCCCAUACCCAGGGCUCAGGCCCGGGCUGAGUUUUUCCAAAAAUGACCGAGGCUAUACCUUCACGGUAAUGCCGCCAUCACUCGAUGCAGAUCGAGAAGCCUUGGUGCGGCCCAAACGGGUUCCCGCGCCCUCCAAGAGGUUAACCGAUGCUUCUAAUUCUGCAACACCUGAGCUGAGUGCUCACCUUGAAGCCAUUGCCCUCAAGCGAGCUGAGGAUGCCAAACGAUUGGCGGAGGAUAUUACCACGGCACCAGCUACUUCGAGUUCCCACUUUGUCACCCCCACCAAGAGAUCUCAGAAUACUGACUCUUCCGGUAGUGGGUAUGAUACAGAUUGUUCAGCCGCUCAAAAACCACCAAAAAAGAAAAAGUCGCAUAGCAGCCAAUCUGUGAUCAUCAGUUCCGACUCAGAAGACAGCCGUGCUGCACCUGCCACAGCAAAAAAAAAUCAAGCUCCAGAUCCUGUCAACGAUGAUGGAUUUCUUGCAGAUAUCAACAUUGCGAGCCUCUCUAAUGACGAGAUCAAGCAAAAGCCUGACAGGAAAGGUCAGGAUGUUGAUAAUUUUUUUAGUCCGAAAUAUUCUGAGCCUGGUGUUGAUGGCAAACCUCGCACCUAUCGCAAUUGCACCUUGUGCUCGAAGAAGGGUCCACGCAAACGCUUUCUUGCCUACAAUAAAUGGGCCCAGGACCAACUGGCAGUUACAGUCCCUUCCGACGACUCGACACCUACACCAUCCUUAGUGACCCCAACUAACCCCAAUUCUGAUGCAGCAUCGCUCUCGGUCAAGAAAGAGCUGCUUGUACCUGCGCCCACUAAGAAGACUCGUCAGCCGAGCGUGAAACCAAUGCGUAUUGGCACAAAAGUGACGCCUCGAAAUCUGUGUGCGCUCGAUUGGCAAGCAAAUGGUCACCAGCGUGAACCGGCUAGUGCGUUUGCACUCUACUGGAAUAGUCUGUCUACGAGUAUCAAGGAGGAAUACAAACGAAAGGCCACGGCGCAGAUCAGUUCUUCUUCAACACUCCAAGGCAACGACGGCGGGAAUGAGCACGACGACUAG